AUGCUUCAUUGCAUUGAAUUUUUAAGUGUCAUUUUUCGACAUGGUGAUAGAACACCAGACGUGGGUGGAUAUCCAAAUGAUCCAUAUAAAAAUUUCGAUUUUGCACCAGAAGGACGUGGACAAUUAACUAAUACUGGUAAAAUGCGUGAGUAUCGUCUUGGUGAAAAAAUACGUGAAUUAUAUGGAGAUUUUAUUGGAGAUACAUAUAGUCCAUCAAUUGUAAAUGCACGUAGUACUGAUUUCGACAGAACAAAAAUGUCUCUUCAACUUGUCUUGGCCGCAUUAUUUAAACCAAAUGAUAAACAAAUAUGGAAUGAAAAUUUAAAUUGGCAGCCAACAAUUGUUGAUUUUGUUCCUGGUUAUUUGGAUGUACUUAUGGUUCCCCAACAAUGUCCACAAUAUUUAAAAGAACUAUCAAGAGUCAACAAUUUACCAGAAAUCCAAGCCAGACUCAAUAAACUGAGUGGUUUGAUGAAAAAUUUAACUAAAUGGACUGGAAAAUCGAUCGAAACAUCAGCUGAUAUUUUUUUUCUAUAUAUUACAUUGUCAAUUGAAGAUUCAUUGAAUUUAACACUUCCAGAAUGGACAAAAGGAAUUUAUCCAAAUGGAUUAUUAUUAAAUGGUACUAUUUUGCAUUAUGAAACUAUAUCCUACACUACAAAAUUGAAAAGGCUCAACGGAGGAAUGCUAUUACAAAAUAUUACGGAAAAUAUGCUUGAUGUAAUUUCGAAUAAGACAGAAUUUAAAAACAAAAUGUAUUUAUACAGUGGUCAUGAAGAAAAUGUUGCUGCUUUUCUUAUAACUUUGGGUGUUUAUGAUCGUCAAGUGCCUCAAUUUUCAAGUGCCGUUUUUUUGGAAUUACUUAGUGAUAGUGGAGAAUAUUAUGUCCAGGUUCGUCAUUACAAAGGAAUUCCAGAAGAAACAAUAACUUUAAAAAUACCAGGAUGUGAUGAGUUGUGUCCUUUUAAAAAAUUUUUAAAGCUUAUGGAACCAGUUACUCCAGAAGGAGAUGAACUUAAAUAUUAUUUUGUAUUUUUACGGAAUUUGACGAUAAAUGCUGAGCCAACAAUUAAACUACUAAAUAUUGUAUUUCGACAUGGUGACAGAACACCAGACGAUGAUGGCUAUGAAGGAUAUCCAAAUGAUCCAUACGGAAAUUUUGAUUUCGCUCCAGAAGGACGUGGACAAUUAAUGAAUCCUGGUAAAAUGCGUGCAUAUCGACUUGGUGAAAAAAUACGUGAAUUAUAUGGAGAUUUUAUUGGGAAUACAUAUAGUCCAUCAAUUGUUAAUGCACGUAGUACUGAUGCUGAUAGAACAAAAAUGUCUCUUCAACUUGUCUUGGCCGCAUUAUUUAAACCAAGUGAUAAACAAAUAUGGAAUGGAAAUUUAAAUUGGCAGCCAACAAUUGUCAGUUUUGUUCCUGAAUUUUUUGAUGCCUUGAUGCUUCCACAAGAUUGUCCAAAUUACUUAGAAGAAUUUUCAAGAGUUAAAAAAUCACCUGAAGUACAGAAGGAACUAAAUGAACUCAGUGGUUUCAUGAAGAAUUUAAGUGAAUGGACUGGUAAACCAAUAAGAGAUUCAUUCGACAUGUUUAACAUAUACCACACAUUAAUGGGUGAAUACGCGAGCAAUUUAACUCUUCCCGAUUGGACACAAGGUAUUUUUCCAUAUGGAUUGUUGUGGAAUGGCAUCAUUCUCGAGUAUGAAACUGUAUCAUACAAUAGAAAGCUCAAACGUCUUAAUGGAGGUAUGUUAUUGAAAAAUAUAACAGAAAGUAUGAUAGAUAAAAUGAGAAAUAUAAAUUUAAAAAAAAAAAUUAAUUUAUUCGGUGGUCAUGAAUUUAACAUCGCUGCACUUUUAAAUACAAUGGAGAUUUAUGAACCUCAUGUGCCUGAAUAUUCAAGUGCUAUUUUUUUUGAAUUACUUGCCGAUAAUCAAGAUCACUAUGUUAAGGUUCGUUAUUACAAAGGAAUUCCUGAAGAAACAAUAACAAUGAAAAUACCUGGAUGUGAGGAAUUAUGUCCUUUUGAAAAUUUUUUAAAACUUAUGGAACCAGUUACUCCAGAAGGAGAUGAAUUAAUGUGUGAAAAACAAUCUAGUUGUUUGUUAUCAAAAAAAAUUCACGAUAAGUUUUAUGGUAGAUAAUUUUACCUGUAAUUGUUUAUAAUGUGUGCCUCUAAUUUC